CUCAUUUUCUUCUUCCUUGUCCCGUAUGUUCCCCUCCUUUUGACUAAACUCUCCCCUUUUUCUCUUUAUCUUUUUCUCAAUUAUUACGCGUCCUGUUGAUGUUGUGACGAAGUUUCUUAUGUUUGCAGUAAGACUUAGCAUUGAAGGGCACAAGCUGAUGCAGCUAAAAGUUGAUUCUGAUUUGGGAUUGGCCUUACAGUUCUAACUGGCAGGCUCAGUUUAGCCAAGCGUGAAUUGGUGUGCUUGGCCUUUAGUAACUAGUCCUGUAACUGUCUUGGAGGGCAGUUACUAUUUCAUGUUCUUGUUGAGCUAAUGUUGUUGCUUGAGUAGUUUGCUAGUGAUAUCUGUUGUACCCACUACCCAGCUACCAGGAAUGGUUUGCUGAUGGGUUUGGCUCCCCAGCUUAGUUUUGAAGAAAUAAAUUAACUUGCCUGUAAAAAAAAUUGUAUUUGGGAAUAUUUUUCGAUCUUGACAGGGACUAACGUCUUCUGAGGGUCGUCUCUUUUUUAAUUUAAGCAUUGGAGGCCGAUCCAGGAACGUCCAAAAACAUGGCAGCAUCCGGUGGUUGUAGCGCGUCAGCGAGCCAGUACGAUGUGUUCCUGAGUUUCAGAGGGCCCGACACUCGCAAAACCUUCACUGACUGCCUCUACCGGACCAUGGUUGGCCAGGGGAUCAUCGCCUACAGAGACAGCGAGGAUCUUCAUGCCGGUGAUCGGAUUGACAAUCUCCUGGGAGCGGUUGGCGACUCCAAAAUCUGCAUACUGGUCCUCUCUAGAGGCUACGCUUCGAGCCCUUGGUGCCUCCGCGAGCUCACUCAUGCGAUGGAGCUCAACGAAUCAACCGGGAAGCCAGAGAUCCUACCCAUCUUCUUUGACGUCACACCCUCCGACGUCAAGCUCAAGACAAAACUGUACGUGGUAGAUUUGGAGAAGCACGAGCAGAGGCCCGGCGGUGAGAGCAGGGAACGAUGGGAAGCGGCUCUGAGAAAAGUGGGUAAGAUCAGGGGAUGGGAAGUCCAAGGGAAAGCGUAAACAUGGUGAAGUCAUUGAACUCGUUGUGAAAGAGGUUUUGCAUAAGCUGAAAGUAAAACGAAGACCUUUGGACAGCAAAUUUAUUAAGGAAGACCAACAAGUAAAAGCCAUAAUGGAGUUGCUAGACGUUGACUCCAGC